CGUUGGAGCUCGCCUUCAGCUGCUGUUUUACUUUGUCGAGUUCAGUUUGCAAAACGCUGUCACACGAAAAGGAUUAUUAACGCGGACGAAACGUUGAAGCGUUGCGUAGUGAAGCGACUUAGCGCUGAGCAGCUUAGUGGGUCGUAUUCAUUAUAGAAGCAUACUUUUGUGUGCCACUUAGUUUCAUUGAAAAUUUACAAGUAAUUGUAAUUUUUUACAAAAGUUUUAUCAACGACUGUUUACUUUUAACAAAACGUUCAGUGUUUUCUGGAAUUUUUAUUUAGUGCAAGUGUGUUUUAAAAAGUGUACGCGAUGUGCAGUUAUUACAACGCGCCUACAAGUGUGCUACAUUUGCUCAUCUUGCCGGUUAUCUUGCUGCUGUUGCAGUGCAUUCCGAAUGGUGCGGCAAUUAAAUGUUUUGUCUGUGACUCCAGCGAUAAUCCAAGUUGUGAGAACUUAAAAUCCAAUCAAAGCAUAGUGGCAGAGGAAUGUACUCUAGACAAAAUGCGAACAACCAAUACUUGGCUUUUCGACUUAAAUCGAUUUGCGUACUUCGAUACCGGCGCUAGUAAUGGACCGCUAAUGAACUGCCAAAAAGUGGUGGCCAGAGAUCCAAACACCGGCAAAAUGGUCACCGCACGCUUUUGUCAAUUGGACACCGCCGAUUCGGAUGCCUGUCAAAUAUUGGGCAACAAAUUGGGUUGGCCACCAGAGUUGGCGCGUAACGCGAACCUCGAUGAGGAUGACAAGAAUAAAAGAAACAAGAAGCGUAAGGGUAAAGGCGGCAAUAAUGGCGGUGCAGACAGUCUGGAAGAUUCGGAACUGCACUGUUCCAUUUGCGGUGCGGACGGUUGUAAUGGCAGUCCAAGCAUUUCGGCAUGGAGUUGGUGGUGCGCCGGUAUUCUACCAAUGCUUAUAGCAAUCGUCAACAUAUUGCGUCAUAGUGUGUGGUGAAUGUGUAGCUGGAAAAGUCAAGUGGGGUGCGGCUGAGCUGGCUGAUUUUGAUCGACUAGCGAAAAAAAAAAAUUGCAGAAAAAGAAAAUUAAAAUUAUUAUAAAAAUGGUGCAAUAUAAUUUUAAGGUUAAUUUCAAUGGUCAAUGUGUUGUUCAACGGGGUUUUGCUGUGUGCGUUAAAUUGUUUGGCAAAUUGUCGCAGAGCGUUGUGGAACAUAGCCAGAUAAAUGCCUUGAGUUUAAUAUAGUUUUAUGUGUAGUUGAGCCACCAAAAUGUGCACACUGUAAAUAUUCAUUCAAUACUGUUAUCUGUGUAAAUAGGCAUAAAUUACAAGGCAUAUGUUACAAUAAAAAAACAAACGAAAGUAAUCACUAAAAGUUUAUUUAAUGCGGCUUAUUGCGUGUUAGUACCGUUUUGCUUCAGUGAAAUGUUUGUAAAAAUUUAAUAUUUCAUUAGAAUAGUGUAUUGUUAAUUUACUAAACUGAAAUUGUUAAAAUAAAAUGUAUUUGUUUUUUUACUUGAAUUCUAAGAAAAGCAAUAUAUUAUAUUAUAUUAGACAGGAUGUGCCGAUGGGAAAACUUCCAACAAAUUACUCUGAAGUUAUAGCACACUCAAGGUCAGGCACUGUUUUUUUUUGCUAAAUUUUUACUAAUUACUUUAAAAAAUCAAAGUGUUAAUAUAGAAGAAAAAAGUCUAAUGGUGCCCAAUUUUGGUGUUGGUAAGAUUUAAUUCAUUGUUUAAAUUUAACUAUUUCGGGCAAAUGUGGCAACAUGGUAAAGCAAUGUGUCAACAUAGCAGUGCAGUGGGGAAAGCAAACCGAAAAGGGAUAUUUUUUCGAAAACCAAAAACGGCGCGAGCAAUGGACUGCUCGUGUAGAGCACCCUCUGUACUACAUAGUUUUUGAAAUACUAAUAAUAAUGACUGAUAAAUACGGCUUAUUAUACAAUUCAUAUGCAGAAUGCUGACAAUGGCUUUUAUCGAUCACUUUCACAAAUGGAGUUAUUUCUGUGUCCGAAUAAAUUUGAAUUAAAAUAUUAAAAUAUGUAGCAAUCUGGAGAUGAUAACUUUCCAAAGUUCAUUGGCGAUCCGGACUCUUUCAUAAUUCAAAGGAUAAGUGGCCAGUUAAGCCAUUAAGUUUAGCCUGUGUACCAAAUUACAGAAAAUCUGAGUGUUUAUGUCACAAGGCGAUAUUUUAUCGAACUCUAGAGCUCUGACAAGUUUUGUGCGGAUAUUAGGUAUUACAGUUUAACAGGAGCCUUUUCACAUGUAUUGAGUAUCUCUUGUUCUCCUCAACAGAACUUUUAUCUACUGUUCAGACUUUGGAGAUAAAUGUGCUGUAAAGAAGCCUUAUAACCACGUUCAAAUAGGUCAAUUAGCUGUGGCAAUUGUGGUUUGUACUUGAGAGUUGUCUGAAAAAAGUUUUUUUUUUGAUUGUGAGAUUAUUGGCAAUACGUUUGAUUUUUUAUAGCGUUUUGCUUACAAAGAGGUACGCAUAACAAUUGAAUUAAAAAUUGCAAUUUUCAAAUAUUUUCAUUAUGAAAAUUUUUAUUAAUAGAAACCGAUUUUCUUUAUUUGAACACACUUUACAGAGUUGCAUAGAAUAACAAUUUUUUAUAAAAUCAAAUUUUUCUCAAUUGAAUACUAAUUGUGCAAUUAGCUAAUUGUUCUAUUGUAAGUAAAAUGGGGAACAAAGCGUUUCGUAAUUGCCUCGUUACGAACAUGUUUGGACGUGACUACUUAGUUGCAAAAUUUUACACAAUUUUUAAAGCAUAAUAAUAUAUUUCAUUUAAUGUUAGUUUAUAAUAAGCAACUGUAAAUAUAAUUUCACCUAAUUGCAACAAAAUAUAUAUUAGAUUAUUUUAUAAAAAAAUACCAGGAACAGUGCUUAAUAUUGAUUUACGGCACUGGUGCGUUUCGAAUAUUAAUUAAUUAAAAAAAUAUAAACAAAUAAAAACAACUUUUACAAGUUUUUAAAAAUUAAUUAUAUAAAAUAUAUUUUGUUUUAAUUAAUUACAAUUUUUUUAUCAAACGAAUUACUAAAUAUUUAAAAACAAAUCUAAAAUUAUAUAAAAACUAUGUAGUAUUGUUUUUUUUUUAUAAAUUAUAAGGAUUAAUAUUCACCAAAUGCCUUUAAGUUUUUUAAGAAUUAAAUGGAAAAAUAUGUAGAAAAAUGCGGCGAAUGAAAAUAGCGUAAGAAAAUUAUUAAAUUGUUGUUAAUGUUGUAAGUUUCACGAGUAUAAUCCAAGGCAGGUGAAUUACGCAAGAAAAUAAUUAUGAAAAUUGAACUAAUGAUACAGAAUAAUCGUGCGAAGAUUUGGAAACGAAUCAAACAGUUAAAAUAAAAAAUUAGCAAAAAUAUUGAAAAAACUUAGUAAAAUAUUAACUGGCAUGAGGAAGUGAAAAGUGCAUGGCAAUAGGGGGUAAGGUUACGUAUUUAACUGAAAGUUGUAUAUAUAGAUAUCACAUGUAUGUAUUCCCAAACAAAAAUAAAUACAAAUAACAAAAACAAUUGAUGUGGUUUCGCAAAUGCUUCGGUCUUCAAUAAAAAACAAAUAUUUAUAAACAUGUCUGUUCUAUAUUUAUCAAGUGACUGAGACUUCAAAGCAAGCUUACAAACAAAUAUACUCGUACUACAUCUCGGCACAAAAAAAAUUACACAUUUGAUAACGAUAAGUGAACACAAUCAUUAUACAUACACACAUACGCAUGCUUGUGUGUAUGUGUGAGGUGGGUGCAAUGUAAAGCACACGAGCCCAGUCAGAUGUUCACCACCAAAACAUUUGAAUGCAAAUCAAACAG